AAAGCACGUUCGUCCACCUCUUUUGUGCUCAGGCACGUUCUUUCUAUGCAAGUCUCAUGCAGGAACACGCCAAUCACAUCAGCAUCGGGCAGAUGUUCCUGACUAAGGGGCUAGCGCCGGAAUCAGUCAAGCUUCACGAGUCGCGGCUGCCUCCUUGGCAUGGGGAUAACGGCUGGGCCCCUAUCACGCCUCCAUUCUUUUGAACUUGUCCGUCAAUCACACUUCUACAGUCGUCGCUCUUUACGCUCGCUCAUCCGUCGCUCAUUAGACUAAUAUCUCUACACGCUCGCUCUCGCUGCCGCUCUCUACCUUCCAAGCACGUACUCGAUCGAACCACCAGUAAAUUCUUAAAACAACUCGCAAAUACCGCCAAUAUGCUUGCCAAGACCGUCUUCGCUGCCACCUUCUUCGCUCUGGCACAGUUUGCCGUCGCUUCGCCUCCGGGCUGCCUCCUCGGCGCCGUCAACCAGUACUCCGACCCUGCGGACCUGAAGUCCAUCUGCAAGGCCAAGGAUGCCACCACCAAGAUCACCAGCUUCUGCGGCGACGACUCAAAGGCGGCCUUGAGUGCUUUCGCAGACAUCUGCAACAGCCAGGGCGUCAAAGUCGCGACCGACGUCCCCACCUCGACCGGCAGCGUCAAGCCCAGCGGUACUGGCGCGUCCGCUUCCGCCUCAGGCACCGGCUCCAGCAUCCUCUACCCGUCCGGCAAUGCAACGCUGGCGGUCGCGAGCGGCGCAUCCCCCAAGCCCACCGGCGCAGCCACCGGCACAUUCUCUGGCGGUCUUCCUGAGUCCACCGGCGCUGCUGGCAGACUCGAAGUUGGUCUUGCUGCGGCUGUCGCUGGUCUGAUGGCGAUCGCUUUGUAG